UUGUUAGGAGAACUAUUUCCAGCACUGGAGACGGAGUUGGUGUCACUGGUUGGAAGUAUAGAGAAACACGAGCCGUAUGGUGCUAUGCGUGCUUUGGCCUGCGUGGGUCGACGUGUGCUCGGUGAAGGAGGGGAGGGUAGUGAGGUGUGUGCGGGGGAGGCGAGGUGGUCGCGGGCGGCGCUCGCCGCGGUCGCUGUAGCAGCCAAGAGGGGGGCGGACAGGGCCGUCGCUGAUAGACUCGCCGCGUUGAAUGACGCUGUCAAACAGGCGGCAAAGAAACCGAAAUGUGGCAUCCUCAGCUUCAUACCGGAGCUGGAAGAGAUGAGUUCAGUGUGCGAGUCGAUAUUCGCUCGCGGCCGGCGGGCUGAUUUGGACCGCUGGUAUCUUUCCUUGGCCACUGCGAUGUUACGUACAAUCCAACUGGCCAAACACCCUCGAACACCGAGAGCUGUAGUACAAAUGGAGAACUACCAUCGGCUUUACGCUUGCGUUUCUUCGUUGCGAGUGACGGCCUUGGAUAGAUUACGUCGGGACGCACGCAUGCGAUACUCCGAAGCACUGAAGCAGUAUGACACACAGUACUUCGGAAGGCCAUUAGAGAAGUUGGCUCAGUUCUUCGAACGAGUUGGCGAAGCGGUGGCGAGCGGUGUGAAGGAGGACGAGGUUUGUUACAGAACCGCCUUCAGCAAACACGAGCUCAGACGGCUCUUGGCGCUUUAUCCAGAUCAUGAAGUACGCAAGACCCUACAUCGCUUGUAUCGUACAGUAGAGAAGCAUCUCAGCGAGAAGGGUGGAUUACUGCAAGUAGUUUGGAGAGCUAUGCAGGAAGAGUUUAUAGCUCAACACGUGGCUUUACAGGCUCGCAUCGCUUCUUGUUACCCGGGUGCAGGACUCACUCUGCCUCUCAGUACACAAGACAUACUCGAUGCAUUCUCUGACAUCGCUAGGGAACACUAA